AUGGAGGCGAUUCGACGAAAGAAAGAGUGGAAACAGCAAAAGCAACCGAUUUUCCGGAUGUCACACGGGGAGAUAAUGGACGGCGCCACACAAUGUGCAUAUUCUACGAGUUGUUGCUUGGCUGCCGGACAAUUAUUACCUCGGCUGCUUUCCGACGCGCCCUCACAAUCAUUUCCAAAAGAGCUUACAAAGUCAGAUUUAGCUCCCUUAAAAAAGGCCACCAGCAGCAAACUUAAGAAGAUCAAGAACGAAAAAAAGACAAUAUGUUGAACUUUGCAAAAUAGUUGCUUUAAUCAAUCUAUUCACUUCAUAUAAUUGAGAAGCCUGCUCUUGGACUAACGAUUGAAAUGAAAUUUUUUUGAAUAGAAUGAUUUAUAAAUUUAAUAACUAAUCAUAGAAUAGGCAAAGAAAUCAGAAGUGUAGAAACAGCUGAUUCGAGAGCGUUAGAUUGAUAAUCUGAUGAGAUAAUCAAAGAUAUGAUAAGAUAAGAUUAAAAACUUUAGGUGAGGAUAAGGCGAGAGGUGUUUGAAUGGAACGGAAUACAAGAGGAGGGUUCUGUUGGCAAUUAACAUAGAGCGGCCAUAUGGAGCGGGAGGGUGGGCACAAAGAAGGUCGGAGAAUUAGAGAAAGAAGAAGUGAAACACGGAGGGAGCCAUGAAAGCGCGGGGGAGAGCGCAGCCAAGAGCUCACAUCGAUCGCCUUUUUUCACACGCCUCCAGUCUCCGGAAAGGACUGAUAAGAGAUGGAGUAAAUACCUCCUGAAGGCCUCCAGCUGACGCCAUUACAAGAGGCCCAAGACUCGUGUGACAGAUUUGAAAACGAAGGACGACAAUCGCGCUCCGACGUACAUUACUCAAAACGCCAAAAUUGGUACAGCGUGCAAAUUGCCAGUUAUUCUGACCAACGUGCUUCUCCACAGAGUCAAUCCAGAUUGAAAAAGAAUGUAAGAAUUGGCCAGAGGACAAUACAGAUCUUCAAGGGGAUUGACGUCGGGUUGAUUUGUUUACGAUACACAUCAAGAUUACAAAAAGCAGGGGAAAAAUUUAAAUUUGAAGUGAUUCGAUAUCGGAUUACAUCGCAUAAUUUUUCUUCUCGAUGAAGUACUUUGAGAAAAAAAAUUCCGAAAAAGUUGAUCAUACUUUCGACUACAACGUUUAGCGAAUUCAGGAUAUUAUAGCUAUACAUAUAGCGUUCGGUUAAAUAUAUUCGGUAAUAACUUUUAAAAAAAAUCACUAUUGUGAUAUAGCACAAAGAUAGAAAUUUCGAAAUCUUUCGUAAAAAAAUCAUGAAUGAGCGAAAUUUGAAAAAAAAAAAAAAAAGACAUUCAGGAAAAAUCAGCAUUGACACAUAGGUGAUCAAACUGAACUCUUAAAAAAAUGUGGCUACUAGAAAUCGCAGAAAUGAAAAAGAACAAAAGGUAAAAAAAUUCAAAAAAAUUGUGAGUUUGUUAAAGUCAAUAUGGCGAAUUUUUCUAUAAAGUAGAAAGUGUGCUCUAUGGAAAACUAAGUGACCAAAUUCCGACAUCUAACGUUGGUAAUUCGCAUAAAGAUCGCCAUCACUUUAUUCCUCACACGGCGUCCUUGUCCUAUCAUUAUAAGAAAAAAAAGAACACAUAUAAUAGCUGUGUGUCUCAAGAGUUUGAAAUUUUUAAUAUCGUCUGUACUACUUUAACUUAAAGUCUUUAAGAGCCAUUGAAUAGAUUUUUCGUCAUUUUUUCCACCAAUUUCACAGGAUCAGUGAAUUUUCUAACUAAAUGAUAUAUAAGAAUGAACAUAGCAGUUUCAGUUUUUCAAAAAAUAAUCCAUUUUAUUUUUAGAAAAUCUUACUUUCUGUGAAUUUCACCCUUUUACCUCCAUUGAGGAAAAUCUGACUUGAGCAAAUGAAGUGGAAAAAUACAAGGGAAACAACGAAAACCGACAUGAAACGAAAGACGUUAUGUGAAUAUAUCAGUGGAACGAGGACGAAAAGGAGACAAAAAAGAUCGCGGGCGAUUUCCUAUCAACGCUUCAAGGUUAGCGAGCGCAGGAGGCGAGUUCGAAAAAGUCACAAAAAAGAAAGAAAAUUCUGAUGCAAGAUCAAAGAGGAAAAUCGAGAUUAAAACUACGCAACUUGGAAUCUUCUAUUUGUGGGUCUAUGGCCCGAAGACUUUGGGGUGAAAGAUGAGAUCAAUUAACAGUCUUCAAGACUUCAGAAUCGCCCAGAUAUUGCAGGGCAGUGUAUUAAGUUUUUUUUUGCAUGAAAAUUCAUAAGAUGACGCUGAAAGCGAUGAAAUAUGGAAAGAGACUGUUACAUUGCUUCAAGUGUUGAAGCGAUUUUGAAAUUUCGAUCUGCGGCCUCUAAACUCAACCAUUCGAACUACGCCGUAGUUUUUUUUUUUGAAGCGAUUCUCUCAUGAUAUAUAUAUCUGCGAUUGAGUACAGUACAUCGAGACCGAGGAGCACACUUGAAGUGUGCCAACAGACCCUCACAUGUAUACAUACAUUUUAUCAGGUCGUGCGGGCGCGAAGAGUGUUCAUUCAUUCAUUCUUUCUUUCUUCCUUCGGGUCGCGCCGCCUCGUUGAAUGUACACUUCCGCCAAGAGUGCUGACGGAGCACUGUUCGUCUGCAAACACGCCGACGACAACAAUCAGCUACCGUAUCGGUAAACAGUGCAACACGGCCGUCGCGACUUUCUUCGCGCCUCCCCGACAAGCUAUCACUGCGCAGAUUAUCAACACCUCUGGGAAGCAAACAUCCUUCGGCUACUCCGAUCCGACACUCCUGUGGAGGUGAAGAUCAAAUAAAAGAUAUGAUCAACUUGGUUGGCUUUCCGCAAGCUGUUCUUCCAGAACUUUCAGCAUCCUUCGAGAUUUUUAAUAAUUCUCAAAUAAAGUUAUUCAAAUCUGAUGAAAGGUGGGAAGACAUCAACUACUUCAAAGGAAAUCAAGGCUUUUCCAAUAACUCCUAAAAAAUCAGAUAGCUCUGGAUUGAUCACUUUUGUGGACAUUAAUAGCAAUCAAUUGCUGAUCGUUUAUAACAUAACAAGAGCUUGCGUGGCGCUAAAGAGCGGCUGAGUAAGCAAAUGGAUCAACUGACAGAAUCGGUCAGUACCAACAAUCUUGUUGGAAAAAAGACUUUGCGGAGUGGACCUACGAUGUUUCUGCUCUAGGAGGUUUGAUAAGUGGCAAGGAGGCUGAUCUGACCGAGACGCCGUCGGUUGUGAGGGACGCGAGGCUUUGUUCCUUUGUUGGGCGCCAGGGCCGCUGAGAGAGUGUGUUGGCGAGUGGAGGCCGUGGAUAAUUGCUGUUAAAGGUUCGGCCGGCCACGUCCUCUCGUUCCAGGUGCUCUUUAUCACACUGGAGAGCCUCUUGAACAGAAAACCGUGAGAUUACUGUCAAUUGAGAGUCUCUGGUAGAACACAAACCUGAUCGGCUCGUCUCGGCUUCCAUCUUAAAAUUUUGAAGUUGAUCUAAACUAGAAACAACACUAAAAAAAAUCAUUCCUAGUUUUUUCUACGAACUCCAUUUGAUCUAAAAUGCGUUUUUGUUUAAAAUGAUCAAAUAAAAAAAAUGGACGAAAAUUCUUGAGCAUGCUGAGAAAUUUUAUCCGGAAAAAAAGCUAGAAAGUUGAGGUUCAGGAAUAAAUUUUUGCAAAUAAGAUUGAAAAAAAGUAGAAACAAAAAAAAGAAAUGAAGGAUAAUGGAAGUUUCCCAAGCGCCAUCGGUGACGCCGAACGCGAUAAUCGGCACCCCAGGGCGCUUUUUGAGAAUCAGUCAAGUUAAGAGCAACGAAACCUGUCGCCAAAGUGUGACUAGACGGAAAAAUAUAAAUUGGGCUGUUGUUGUAGGCAACGCGAAGUUAUCAUUGCGCUUGACGGAGCAAAAAAUAGCGCCGUCGAAUCGAAAGACAUACAAAAAUGGAGGGACGAGAAAGACGGCCUGAGAACAGGUUGGUGCGAACAAGGGCAACCAACAGGCAGAUGAUUGAGGGAUAGGAAGAGAGGGAUACGAUCGAUAAACAGGACCAGAUGGCCUCGCCCAUCACAUUAUCACGCAGCUGCGGCUCGGCCACAGGUGUCAGCACGCCUUUUAUCGAUCUUAUCUCACAAAUCCGAGGUAUCGGAGGGAUUCAUCUCAGCGAUCCGUUGAUCCGUCACACUGAUUCUAGCAAAUCAUAAUUCAAAAAACGGCCUCGAUUUUGACCUCGCACCUCACAUUUCGAAAUCAAAAUCUUAAUAAAAGAUUUAGUCAAACUUGAUGGAAAAUCUAGAAGAAUCUAAGAACUGUUUACACAAACUCAACUGCUUUCAUUUAAACUACUACUUGAGGCUACUUAAACUAGUUAAUAAAAAGGAUCAAGUAUAGAAAAGUAGGGACAUAUUCUGAUUUUUGAAUAUCAAGAGAAAUCAGACGCCUCGUAUUAGCUUGAAUAAUAUAUUGAUUUUUUCUGAUCAAGAAUUGCUCAACAUGAAAUGUGGAUAGGCUCCACCGGAAAAAAAUUGAGCACUAAGGAGAAGGAAAAGUUGCGAAGGAUGGAGAAAGAUUGCUACAAGAAGAAGAAUGAGGCGAGGGCCAGACCGGUCGAGCAGAUGUUUUGUGGGAGCCAACCGACGCAGGAGAUAUAAGCGGACCCCCCGCUAUCAAACGCUCGGCCUCGCAGUAUCGAUGAUAGGCGUGGCAUGUAAAUGAAGAGGCCGAUGUGUUAGGUCGCCGCCAAAACACGUCAUUAUCACAAGGGAUAUCGAUCCUCAGGCUCGAACAGCCCAGUUCGGCAAUACUUCUUUAGAACUUUGCCUUAAUUUCAAUUCUCGAGAUAAAAGUUUGACGCGAAAAAAUUCGUGCAACUUGAUAAUGCCUCUAGUUUCCAAAAGCUCUAAGUUUCUGGAAAAGAAUUAAGAAAAAGAUGAGAUGAGAUGACCAAAACCACGUGCUCUCCUCCCUUUUUUUGUACUGAAAGUUUGUAUUAUUUUUAAUUUUAUAGUUUUUCGAGAAACUUCAGCUAAUCUCAAAGAUCAAAAACGUUGAAAAUGUAUUUUUGGUGUUUUGGAGAGCUUUCUUAUUGUUACAUAGGUUGAGUGAUGCCGCCAGGAGAUUCACUUAAAAAGGCAAUUAGCUGAAGUUUGGGUUGUUAUUGUUGUUUUGGUUGGAGACUUGACAAAAAAAAGAAGUGACAAUUUAUCAUUACGUAUUCAUGGCGAAGUGAAGUCGCCGUCGGAGAGGCCUUCGAAUGAAGUGUAUACUCGAAAACUCGCACCUUAUUAAAUUUUGCGAUAAAUCACUCGUCAAAAGAGAAAAUGUGUGGGAAUCGGAGCUGCCAAAUCAAUGUUUAGAUGAUUGGCGUCUUCUAAUCCGCUGGCUCGGCCGUCAAUUGUAUACACCAUGAUAAUCAUCUGGGAUGGCUCUAAGCCAAAACGCGCUCCGCUAAAUUAUAAACGACGUUCGAAUAAACAAGCGAAUGCUCUCCCUCUCUACCAAUAACUCUCGCUCUGCAGAGAAAGAGAAAAUGGGCGUGGCCUUGUGAUAGUGGCGCUGUUAAGAUCACCGUAGUCCCUGGCCACUAGAAAGGGCUAGAAAAUCAUCCAGAGAUUGUGGAUUCUCUGAAUUGGUUCAUAACUAUCCUUUUUCUAGUUCUGAGAGAAAAACAAAAGAUCUUAUAGUACUUUUGGUUUCAAAGAACAAUUCUAUUAAUAACAGGAUCAAUGAAGAUCACGGAAAAAAAGUUUUUUUUUUAUUUGAAUAAAAUCCUCCCUUUGCCAGUCUUUCAAAAACCUUCAAAUUCUGAACCGCCUUUUCUUACUUUCGAAAAUUGUUCAAAACCCAGCUCUGGAAAAGGAAAAUGUUACCGUAGGUUUGAAAAUUUAAAAAAAAUCCGGAGUUGACUUGGUUUCUAGAAACCACCGUAAGCCCUUCGAUAUAUAUUUUUUUCCCAGAGCACACUUUCAUCAUAAAUCCACGUUGGAGUCCUGUCGCUUUGGAUACAAUCGUUCAUCUAUUUUCGCUUGCCCAAAUCGGAUGCACAACGUCAAUUUCGAGGCAAAGAAGCGGCCAGGGACAAAAUUCAGCUGGGUAGAAGGAAAAGCCGGAUUUCCUUCCGAUUCGAAGUGAAAAAGCACCGGUCGCCAGGCGACCACUUUUGGUUCGACGUUUCCUGAAAGCUUCUUUUGAAAAAAAAAAUCAAGUUAAGGGAGCCGAAAAACUUGGAAACGGAUGAGAUUCAAUAGAAGGCGUAGAAAAUACCGUUCUAGUCAUUGAGGUAGAUGGUGCGAAGUCUGAGAAAAUAAAUUCCGAAUAAAACAAUGAUCAUGAUAAACUGGCUUGCAAACGUUUGUGAACCGAGAGAAAACUUGGAAGAAAUCCUGAAUAGCUGGUUUCUUCGAUACUACCUGUGGAGCCAAUUUAAAACUCAAUCGAUCGUAUUUUUUUGUCAUUCCGUUCAUUAGAUCAAAAACGAAAAUAAUGAGCCCUCAGCCGAAAAAAAACCUUUGAAGAAGCUCUUGGAGAAUUACUGAGAUUCAGAGGAUUCGAACUGCUUUGCCCUUCUCAGGUCAUCAGCUCGAAAAAUGUGCAAAGAAAAAAACAGAGGUUUAGAAGGUGGUGCGGCUGGCGGGAGGUUCUUUGUUCAGACUCGGAACUGGCCGUAUCAGGGGCGGCGCGGCUGGCUCCGCCUACGAUUCGCCGCGAGUUAAUCGCCGUGACAAUGGAAGGCCGUGGAAGGAAGAAGACGAAGAAAAUGAGGCAGCGAGGCCAAUUUUGAAUACAGCCGCCUCGGUAAUCAGUGAAGAAGGCCGCAGGUGGACACCCUAUACGGACCUUUCCUUUCCGUUAGCCGAGUCUCAGGCUGACAGCUCAACUUUGAUGGGGUCGUUUUGAGGGAACGUGAGCAACAUAUGUUAGUGAUACUCGAUGAUAAAUGAAGCUGGAGACCAGAUGUUCGUGCGGCGACGCGGCUCAGUGAUAAACAGCGGACACAUGUGGACCUGGGUCACAGACCUCGGAAUGCAACAAAAACGCAGCUUUGUCUUCGCCUCUCAUUCUGAUAACGCAACAUACUCUGUUCUUACAGUAAUCUGCUGGUGAGUGACGGCUGACAGAAGAAGACGUUGAUUGGGCGACGCUGAUCCCCGCAGAAGACGUCUAAUCCGCACGACGUCGAUAAUCACCAGACACGGCUGCAGCAGCAAUCAUCUCCUGCCACACCGUCCCCCAACUUUUCUUCUACAUUCUUAUCCCAGUUCCGAGCAGUCAGACUCGUCCUCCACGAUCAAAUGA